UUAGUUGAUAAGUCAGUAUGGAAGUCACGAUGAACGAACACAGUAUGUCUGGUGUUAGUCGUUGUUGACAUCGUCAUCCAUCAAUACCGCAUACAUUCAACACAGCUCACCGGCAUUCAUCCAUUCAUACAUACAGCAAACAUCAUAUCAGCACUUACUACGUUUACCAUGUCGUCACCAUCUGGUCAACCAAGACCAAGGAGGAAUUAUCGUCGUCUGGACUUCAUGAAUCAUGAUAACGAAGACGUAGGUACCAUCACCGCCGACACGCCACAGACGAGGAAUCGGCCGAACGAUGGUGGUCAGGCGCAGCAGCAAUCUCUCGAGCCGCAUAGCCAGCGUCAAGGUGACUGGACACCAUACACCCUGGAGAUUGCAAUGCUGCAACCAGUCGCUACCUGUGGAGUGGUCUCGACUCUGCCGUCCGAAGACUGGAUUGCAGAUUCGAUGGCGCGCAAUCCACACAUCGAGCCAAUCAUUGCCCCCUUUACAACCACAACAUGGCCAACAGGGUCCUUGCCGGUCCUGAGGCGUCCGACGACGCACCUCUGCGGCGUCAUGAUUGACAACACCACUCCAUCGCCCCGGAUUUUGCUCAUGCGGUACCCGCUAGAGUCGGAUAGGCUGCUCCCGCACCUGACACGGAUCGAAACGACACCGUCGGGCUCGUCGGGAUCUAGACAGGCCCCCACUUUUCCCUACUCAUUUCCCCAGACCGCGUAUGGAAAUGAGGAUGAUCUUACCUGUCUGCCCGAGGAUGUUUUGACGGCACGAAUGAGACAGAUCACCGGCCAUACGGUAAUCCCGCUCAUAGCCCGCUUCAUCGACAAGUACGACCGCACAGAGUACCAGCCGUCGAUGGUAGCGAAAACCUGGGCGAUGCAGACGUGCUUCGACAACCAACCAGAGCAGGCGCAGGUCACCGUCUCGUACUACGCCUGUAUCGCCCGUGAAUCAGAAGUCUUACCUUCUAUCCCAGUUUGGGAUUCAUUCAGCCACAGCCCGCACCCGAUAUGGGUCGAUAUCGAGACGUACGAUAAAGAUUUGGUGCAUCUGGAGUUCAAGGACCACAAGUUUCACCACCGGAGGAGGAUGGUUUGGUGGGCGAUAGAACAUCUUGUAUGUAGCGGGCUUCUGACAGAGGACCAGCUAGGCAACUACAAACAUGCGCGCCGGACGCUCAGGAAUCGCCUGUCAGCCGAUGUGAGAGAGGUAGGUUCGGGACUACUGAAGCCUGAGAUGAAAGAAUUGUUGGAGAGGUUUCAAAGGGAAGGGAGUUGGGUUCAUCACUACUAGAUGAAUUGCUAGAGCUGAAGGUCAGGGUGAUAGAAUAAAUAGACAAUGAAGGCUUGUGGCGAAGGAAUUAUUAGGUUAUUCUUCAUGAAUCCUCGAAAUUGAGAUUGUGCAUUCACUUAAAUAAGUAUUAAAAUUCGUUGAAAUGGGCGCAGGAUCAAUCGCGAAAGGCGAGGCGUAUACUUUCGAGAAUAGUCAAUGCACGGAGGAUGGGGCCGUGUCUUGGAUUAUAAUUAGGAAGCGGGAGGGAAAUUUUUUUUUAAAUGAAGUUGCAGAAUUAGGAAACGAUAUGCUGUACGUUUUCUAC